CUCGUAGUACCGCUAAAGAAAAUAGUACCAUGAAGAGAUUCGCGUGUUUGAUGGUGCUCAGUGCACUCUAUUCAACUGUUCACAGCCAAGAAAAUUUCAAAUGCCCCGACGACUUCGGUUUCUACCCCCACCAUAUCUCCUGCGAUAAAUAUUGGAAAUGUGACAACAAUGUAGCAGAGUUGAAAACUUGCGGUAACGGUUUAGCCUUCGACGCAAGCGAUUCUAAAUUCUUGACUGAAAACUGUGAUUAUAUCCAUAAUGUAGACUGCGGCGACAGGUCUCAACUAGAGCCUCCAAUAAGUUCGCCCCACUGUGAUAGGUUGUACGGUAUAUUUGCUGACGCUACCAAAUGUGACGUAUUCUGGAAUUGUUGGAACGGUGAAGCUUCCAGGUACCAGUGUUCCCCUGGUCUUGCGUACGAUAGAGAAGCCCGAGUGUGUAUGUGGGCCGACCAAGUGCCAGAAUGUAAAAACGAAGAAGUUGCAGGUGGAUUUGUGUGCCCUGCUGCAGGGGAAAUAUCGAACGCCGGAUCUUUUUCAAGACACGCACACCCAGACGAUUGCAGAAAAUAUUACAUCUGCCUCGAAGGUCAAGCUAGAGAAUACGGUUGUCCCAUCGGUACCGUAUUCAAAAUCGGCGACGCCGAUGGUACCGGUAACUGCGAGGACCCAGAAGACGUACCUGGAUGCGAAGACUACUACGGCGAUUUGGAUCUGAAGAGCAUCCGCAAGAGCGAGCUUUUGGCAGGUCUUCAAAGCAACGGCGCUUCGCGUCCCGCAACUAACGCGGCCCCCAAAAAACCCAGACCUGCACCUGCGUCGCGUAACGCGCCCGAAUCACCGAGCAACAAUUAAAUUUUAAACUACUAUUUUUAAAUAAGUAGAUAGUCGGAAAUGGAAGCCCUUCAUAAGGGCUCGUUAGCUUUGAUUUUCUUAUCUAAUACAUAAUUUCAAACUUUAUAUUUCCAUAAAUAAAAGUAGUUCAUUUAACAACCACGUUCGUCGACGUCAAAUAUGACAAUUGUCAAUUUUUUUCCGAUAUUUAACGUCAAAUGUCAUAUUUUUCUCAUAACCUCAAAUCAGAAGUAAAUAAAUCUUCAUUUUUGCCAUUUACGUAGCAUUCAAGGUCAAUUAUGUCACGUGAUAUGUCAAUUUACCCACUAUAUUCUCUAGUCUUAUCAACAACGAUGUUUUUAUUCACAAAAAAUUAGUAUUUUCAUACAUUUCUCUUUCUACAUUCACAUAUUUAUUACUAUAUUUUUAAACAAUUAAUAUUUUCCGUUUUAUUUCCAAUUUUCAAAAUACGAACGAGAUUUUAAAGCUCAUUAUUUACUUAUUUAAAAUUUUAGAUAUAAAUCUAUCAAAUCGGUCCUAAAAUUUGUUCAGUAUUCUCUAAAUACAGGGAAACACGUUAAAUGCAUUUUAUAAAAUGGACUUCUAAUGAAAAACCCUGUAGUUUUUUAAUUAACGUAAAUAAUUGUAACAGUAAAAUAAUUUAGUAUUUAUUAAUAAACAGAUUUUUUUAUUACAUUGUAUAAUUUUAUAUCAUUUGCUUUCAAUGUUUCGUCCAUAAAAUGUCACUUUGUAUGUUAACAAUCGACGCGGUUUCAAAAAAGUUUUGUAUAAUAAUAAAUUUGAUGAUACAGAUCGUUCCAUGACUGUUUUUCUACGCUGUAUCUCAAAAAUAUUUUGUUAAAUGGUACAAAAUUAAAUUCCUCUUCUAUUUUAUAUAUAUAUAUAUAUAUAAUAUAAACAUUAAAUAAAAACCCGUUUAAAAAUAA